AUGAGGUUGCUUCCCCCGGGAACGUUCUCUGACUAUCUUGCGCUGUUCCACGAGAAGCACACUUCUGACGGAGUAAAGGUUUCCUUGAAGCUGUUUAUUUCCGUUUGGGCUGACUCCUUCGCGGACCUGCUGGCCAUCCGACAGCAGUCCCAGCACGCCACAUGUGCUUCCUGCAUCCGUCACAAGAUGUUGCUGAGAAAACUAUGCGGUGACAAGCACGGGCGUGAGGCGCAGAUGCAGCAGUAUGUGCAGCACCUUCGUCGACAAUACGCUGACAGGGCGGUGUAUUGGUCCUCGCGCGCUGUGUCGCGAUUGAAGACGCUGUCAAGCGGCCUUCAAACAAUUUGCAUGGUGGUUGACGCCAUGGACCACUCCAAGUAUCGAUACCCGAGAUCAAUUGUGUUUUCAUCAAAAGAGUUUUCGGGCUUCAUCCGUCCCGCCAUGGACAUGCAUUGUUGCAUCAUCCACGGGCACGACGUGGUCCUGGCCCUGAGCGAGCCCUUUUUGCCAAAAGAUUCAAACUGGUGCAGCGAUUUGGUGUCCCACUGUCUCCACCGAUUGUCAGAGCACACUGAUUUGAGGUGUUGCGAGCUCAUACUCCAAUGUGAUAAUACGACUCGAGAGUGUAAAAAUAACACUCUUAUGAGGCUGUUGUCAGCUGCGGUUGGCUCCCAUCGGCUGCGUCGGGCCGAGUUGAGAUGCCUUCAGUCCGGGCAUUCUCAUGAAGAUGUGGAUCAAGUUUUUUCUUAUUUGGCAUCCUUUCUUGAGGCGCACAAGGAGCUACACACACCUGCAGAUUUCAAACAGCUGUUGGAGACCUGGCUCAGCAACCCAGAAGUUCGGCCCAACGAGCCACGACGCGUGGUUCAUUUGGUUGGCGCUGUCCGGAACUGGCGAGACCAUUUGCACAUCGGCUGCUGUGGCAACAACUUGGUGGGCGUUGGGGGGCCGGGUGCGCCGCACACGUUUGCCUUUGACAGGGCCGCCGACUUGCCAGGCAUUUUGCGGAACACCGUCAAGACAUCCUUUUGGGAUCGCAUGGGGGUGCCGCCUGAUUCUUCCGAUGUGGUUCUUAGGACAAAGCAGUGGAUGUCGGACGAGUCCUUCCGAGACCCAAUCUUGUAUUUGCCAGCUGCGGUGUUAAGGGAGAUGGCUGCUACGGGCGCUGUGCCUGGAGGACAAGACCCUUUCAACAUGCACGCGGCGGCUUGCCACCUAGAACGCUUGGCUCGCGGCGCUGUGCCUAACGCGUUACACGUGAGGGCGCAGAACUUAAAAAAGCAGGCGCUUGGCAAGUACCGCGCUUCAAAUCGGAGCCAUCACAUCCACGUCGCAGCUGCGCGGCUUUGGGCAGAAGGGGUGCAGUGGCAAAGGGCGAUUGAUAUCGUGACUGAAGCCUUUGACGCUGCAACCUACGAGGAAGAGAAGGAGAAGUUGGACUCGCACAAGUCCAUUGAUGCGUACUUCACGCAUAUCUUCAGCUCCAAGGAGGCUCUACUCACCUUCUCGCAAUGGGUGGACGCUGAGUUUCCCGCAAGGUCCUACGCUGUGCCCUCAUCUCUUCAAAGCCACGGCGGCAUCCUUCUGCGGCCUUGGCAGUUGCCGCAUUCACCAGAGUUCUUGACGGAUGCAGAUGUGGCAGGGGUGGAAAAGCUGGCUGUGUCCUCGAUGCGGCCUGACUUGGGUUGCAAGCCUCCUUUUGACAUUGCGGCCAGUGAGAUCGACCCCGUGUGCCACAGCCUUCUUGGCGCCCAGUCCGUUUUCAUGGUGAAGGGGUGGAGCUUUGCGACUGUGCACGCGACGGUUGCUGUUGUGGCGGGGGUGGACGACCCGUCCAUGCUGGUCCAGCAGAACAGGGGAAUCACACUUGGGUCCUCCAUCCGACGGAGGCCCAACGCCUUCAACUUGCUUCACCAGAUUCGCCUGUUGUCGAAGAUGGGCAAGCAGGAGGACAGCCUGGACUCCUUCAACUCCGCAGCUCAGGUGGCGCAGGCGUACCAGAUAGGGAUUUGGGGGAUGGGCAAGUUUAUGACGCAUGAGCCCAUAGCGGCGGGUGCCUUCAACCAUGACUGGUGCUCAGCUGGGCCUCUUCUCUCCAGCUGGUCGACGGAGCUCACCAACACGCCCCAGUUCAUGAUGAAGCACGCCGACGCUGAGCUCACGGCAAUGUUGGAGGAAACGGUCCCGCCAGUGGAUCUGAGCCGCAUUGGCAGCUUUCGGGCCGUGAUCCAGAAGUAUCAGAAACAGGCGGAGGAUGAGAAGGUUCAAGCUGCGGAGCAGAGCCGCGUCUCAAAUGACGCAGGGUUGCAGCGCGAACCCAAGUUUGCCCCCAACCAGGGCGCUAUGGACAUGAAGUAUUUGGCGACAAGAUACGCCAAAGGCAAAGAAGCAGUUGCGGGCUUCAUGAACAAGAACCACAGAUACACGCAGAUCAACUCUGGGCUUGGAGAGGCGCAAGCAGAGCUCUUGCGAUGGCAGAACGAGGAUGGUCAGGGCGGCGGCUCGCAGCCGUCUCUUGGCGCUCUUCUGAUUGACGAGGCUGUGGAGUUGGGGAAAUCCAUCAGCAGCAACAACAAGAACGCCGUCCUGUUUGCCUUGCUGCCGCUGCCGCACGCGUCGACGGACAAGUUGACAGUGAUCAAGAACAGACGGGCUUUGGAAGACAAGCUGUUGUCGCAGCUUGGCCACGGUCAAUGA